GUGGGGUUGUGACUACAGAUAUGAGAAAGAGCAUCACAGAAGAAGAGCACAGCUGAGGAGCCGUAGCAGAAGCUCAACUGGAGAGCCCGUGAAGAUGCCUAACGCCACUGUCACAGUGUCAGAGUUUAUUCUGCAUUGUGCAAUCGAAACGGACAAGAUGACCUUUACCAUCGUGGCCCUUGCCUUCAUCUAUCUGGUGUCACUCUUUGGAAACCUGAUGGUAAUUACGGUCGUAAUCAUGAACCCUCACCUCCAGAGCCCCAUGUUUUUCUACAUCGGCACCUUAGCAGUGAUUGAUGUGGUCAACAGCAGCAACCUCAUCCCUCGAAUGCUGGCCGUCCUGCUCUUCAAGGCCGCCACUGUCCCAUAUGGGCCCUGCUUGCUCCAGCUUUCAGUUGUGUACCAUCUCGGGUUGGCAGAAAGCUUUCUUUUGUCUCUUAUGGCCUGUGAUCGCUAUGUAGCUGUUGUGUACCCGCUGAGAUACCCCUCCAUUGUGACUAAAAAGACUGUUUGGUUCAGCAUCUUACUAGUGAAUAUAUUUUCUGCUGCCAUCCUCACCCCCUACAUGGUUUUUGCUACAGAGCUUUCAUUUUGCCGAAGUAACGUCCUACCAUACUGUUUCUGUGAUUUUGUCACAAUGGUUCAUGUUUCUUGUACAGAAGACCCCAGACACCUUACACUUUUAUCCAGCACCACAAUAAUCACAGGUGUUGGAACCUUAGGAGUCAUCCUCCUUUCCUAUGGCAGGAUUGUCGUGGCUGCCAUGAAGAUCUCUUCGGCAGAAGGGAAGAAGAAAGCUUUCAGCACUCUUCUCACCCACCUUCUGGUGGUCUGCCUGUUCUAUUUUCCACUGAUGACUUCUUAUAUAUUACCAGGAAUUGGAGUGCAGCUGUCUGCAGAAGCUUACAAUGUGCUGGUCAUCAUAGCCAUUAUGGUGCCCCCCAUGAUGAAUCCUAUCAUCUACAGCUUCAGGAACAAGGAGAUCAAGGGGAGCAUUUACAGACUGUGGACGGGGAAGAGAGUGGAUCCAGACAGCCAUUAAUGGAUUCAUCAAAGUGGAAAGGAGCACAUGUCUUUGGGUUUUCCUUAGCUUUAGUAUAAUGAUCGGGUUCGCAGAUGUUGGGGAUCCAACACCUAUCCUGGAGGGCCGUAGUGGCUGCAGGUUUUCAUUUUAACCCUUUUCUUAAUUAGAUACCUGUUUUUGCUGCUAAUUAACUCCUUUUACAUUCCUUUUUCAUAGCCCUGUUUUUAAGGAUUCAGCCCUCUGAAUUGAUUCGUUUCUUCGUUAAUUGGCAGCCAAACAGAAAUGAGAUGUGAAACGAGCCGACAGAUGACCAUCUAAACUGGGGCUUCGAACUCCAAACCAAUUACUUAAGAAGAAGCCGAUUCUUUCUGUUAAUUAAACCCAGAAAUUCAUUCCAUUGCUUGAUGGUGCUGUUAUUCUGCCACAGCAGACAUUUCCAAAACUGUCAAAUUUCUUGUUUGUUUUCCUAAGAACACCAAUAAAAUGUUCCGGUCACCUGAGCAGAUCAACCUUCCUGAGACCUUCACCUUUCUUUAUUUUCUGAUAUUGUGUGAUGGACACAUAAGCUUACAAUAUGCUGGUCGUCAUAGCCAUUAUGAUGCCUCCCAUGAGGAAUCAAGGGGAGCAUUUGCAGGUUGUGGACGGGGAAGAGAAC